UAUGAGGUAAAUUUUUUUCAAUACCACUUAUAUAAAGUUGUAUAACUACAUUGCCUUCACUUCUCAAUAUAUACAUACAUAUACAGAUAAGAAGGAUAUAUAUAUAUAUGAUGAGGCUGACUGGAGAUUUUCUUGCCACCGCUCUAACGCUGCUGCUCACCGUUACUUCAGUCGUUCAUGCCUGCCCGCCCUCCGAUCGGGCAGCCCUUCUAUCAUUCAAAGCUGCCCUAAACGAGCCACACUUGGGCAUUUUCGCCACGUGGUCAGGCACCAACUGCUGCACUAACUGGUACGGUAUAACAUGCGACCCGGAAACCAAACGGGUCGCUGACAUCAUCCUCCGGGGCGAAUCCGAGGACCCAAUAUUCCAGAAGACGGGCCGGACCGGCCACAUGACCGGUUCAAUUUCCCCCUCGCUCUGCCGCCUCGACCGCCUCACCACACUCGUAAUCGCCGACUGGAAAUCCAUCUCCGGUGAAAUUCCGGCGUGCGUCGCCGCCCUCCCGCGCUUAAGAAUCCUCGACCUAGUCGGAAACAAAAUCACCGGCGCAAUUCCGGCGAGUAUUGGGAAUUUGAGCCGGCUCACAGUGCUCAACCUCGCCGACAACCGAAUCUCCGGCGAGAUUCCGGCCUCUAUUGUUGAUCUAAAAAGCUUAAUGCAUUUGGAGCUCGCCAAUAAUAAAUUAUGUGGAGAAAUCCCAUUUAAUAUUGGUAAUUUGUCUAUGAUGAGCCGGGCUUUACUGAGUCGGAACCAACUCACCGGGUCAAUUCCGAGUUCUCUUGCCAAUCUUCAUAGACUGGCUGAUUUAGACUUAUCAAUGAACCGGUUGACCGGGUCAAUCCCGUUUCAACUCGGGGCAAUUCCGAUUCUCUCAACUCUAAAUCUUGAUAGCAAUCGUUUAUCUGGCAAGAUACAUACUAAUCUACUUAGUAACACGGGGUUGAGCAUAUUGAAUUUGAGUCGAAAUUCUUUGGAAGGUAAUAUUCCUAAUGUUUUCGGACCGAAAACUUAUUUAAUUGCGCUCGACUUAUCGUAUAAUAAUUUGAAUGGUUCGAUUCCGAAAUCGUUGUCUUCGGCCAAGUAUGUGGGGCACUUGGAUGUGAGCCAUAACCAUCUUUGCGGGGCGAUUCCGAAGGGAACACCGUUCGAUCGUUUUGAGGCCUCGUCGUUUUGCAACAAUGAUUGCUUAUGUGGGAUGCCUUUGCCUACUUGUUAAUGGUUUUAUUUUUUUAUUUAUUGUAAUGGUGAUAAUUAAAGUUAUGUUUCUUUAUGUUUUUAUUUAUUUGAGUUUCAUCAAGAUUGCACCUGGAAAAUGUACCAUUUUAAUUUUGAAGUAUUAAUGUAUCUAGAAAAAUUAUGAUUAUCCACGUGGCUUAUGAUAAAAUAUAGCCAUGGCUCAUAGUCAAAACGGAUCAUUCGAUGC